AUGAUUAAGGCAAAAAUUUCAAACAAUAUUUUGAUUCAGUUUUUACUUUUCAUUAUUACUGAAUCAAAAAAUAAUGAACAGUUCUAAAAGUGUUAAAAAGUGGAAAUCAUUUGAUUUUGGACCAGAGGCAAAGAAAAAAUGUACCAACAAAAUAGAAGUUAAAGAAAAUCUGGAGUGUGAAGCCUUUGCCAAAAUUCCAAAAAAAGGAAAUACAAACCAGAAAGGAUUUGAUUUUCAUAGGCAAAUUGAACCUAGACAUAUAAGUGACUUGGCUGUCCAUCCAAAAAAGAUUCAAGAGGUUCAUGAAUGGAUUACGUAUAAUGUAGUUACUAAUCCUCAGCAAGACAUGAAUGUUGCACCAUUUCUACUAAUAUCAGGACCAACUGGUUCAGGAAAAACUACUACUCUCAGUGUUGUCUGUAAAACUCUGGGUAUUUCAAUAGUAGAAUGGAUAAAUCCAGUAGAUCAAGAGUUUGAAUACAGGGGAACCAGUCAAAUUGAUAACUUUUUGGACUUUCUGAUAGAAUCUAAGUGGAAUUCCCUCUUUGAAAGUAGUACAAAUAAAAGGAUUACUUUGGUGAAAGAUUUCCCAAAUGCUGUCAUUCAUCGACCUGAUCGAUUUCUUGAUAUCUUAGAGUCGUGUCAAUACAAAUCAAGACAUCCUGUGAUUUUUAUCUGUACAGAAUCAAGUAGCAACAACAUAAAUUUAUUGAGGACAUUAUUCCCAGAAGAAGUUAUCAGUAAAUUCGACAUAACACACAUCAAUUUCAAUCCAUGUGCUCCUUCUUUAAUGAAAAUUGCAAUUCAAAGAGCCCAAGCCUUACUUAGAGAUAAUCCCAAGUCUUUGAAACAACCAUCUCAAAAAAUUGUGGAUGCGAUUUUAUCAUCGACAGUUGGAGACAUUAGAAAUGCCAUGAUGCAGUUUCACAUGGCUAGUUUAUCAGGUACCGAUGAACUUCCAACAGUCUUCACAAAAGCACAGGAGUCUAUAGGUUCCAAAAGAAAACGAAGCAAUAAGGAUGUGAAACUAAAAACAAUGUUCAGAGAUGAAAGCCUUGGUUUAUUUCAUGGCUUGGGUAGAGUAUUGAAUCCGAAGAGAAAGGAAGUCGGUAAAAGCUGGAGACUUGAGCGAGAUGUUGAAAAACUUGUGGACGAGUUUUCGACACAGCCACAAAUGUUUCAUUCGUUUCUGUUUGAGAAUUACCUAAAGUAUUUCGGCAAUGUUGGUGAAGCUUCGAAAGCAUCAGAAAUAUUGAGUAUGUCAGCAAGAUUUUUAGAAAACUGGAUGGAUAGAAACGAAACUCUUAUGUUUGCCCUGUGGAUUUCUGUUUUGGGGUUGAUGGUGUUUAACGAACAUAAAGUUUCAAAAUGGACUCAAAUCAAAGCGCCCACUAAAUAUACCAAAAAGAUUGUAACAAAUAGCAACACGGAAGGAAUGAAUCUAAAUCCCACUGACUACUACUAUUACAAUUUGAUUACCAAGUCAAAUAAAUUUCAUGAAUUUAUAGCUAAGUGAUUGUGUUUCCUUCUAAACCUGUAUUCUCAAUUAUUUAUAUCAAAUAAACUGUGAUUCAUA